CUACUUUGUAGAAGAAACUGUUGGACAGUAUCUUUCAGACCUCAGCACCAAGCCAAAGGUUUUUGCCACUGGCCUGCUGAUAGGACAGCCAGAAUGACAACCACUUCUGAUGUUGUGGGUGCAUUGAAGUACUACUCCAGCUCACCAGCUGGAGUUUUGUCUGCAUGAAUGACAACAUGAUACUAUGGAGUCAUCUUCUCCAUGGCACACUUGAAACUGAACAGAGUUGUUUUUCUUGUGAAGCAAGUCUUUGCUCCCCACAAAGAGAUUAUGUGAUUUUGGCUGUUAGAACACCUCCAAAAGAAGAGCAAAAUGAAAGCUACUGUCCUGCAAAAUUGGCUGAUAUUGAUGAAGAAUGGGUGACAACACAUGCUAGUCAGGUGUCUAGAAUGCUCCCAGGAGGAUUGUUAGUUCUUGGGGUAUUUAUUAUUGCAACUCCAGAGCUGGCAAAGGACACCCAAAACGCUUUGCGCAAGCUAGUUUUUUCAGUACAGAAGUCUGUGACUAAAAAGAGGCUUUGGAAUUUUGCUGGGGAGGAGGUCCUGGACAGAGUGGCUCUUCAGGUUUGCUCUACUACGAAAAAACUAGUUUGUCGAACCUAUGAUGUACAAGAUGCAAAGAGUUCAGCUAAACCAGCAGAUUGGAAAUACCAAAGUGAUGUUUCUGCUUUCUGGCUAUCUUUGAACUGUACAGUUAAUGUUAAUAUCCAUAUUCCACUUCCUGCAACAUCAGCCAACCAUGAAUUAGAGAAAAAUACAAGGAAUGGGUUAACUCGGUGGGCAAAACAGAUAGACGAAGGUGUUUUUCUGAUCAAUGGGCAAAUUAAAGAAGAGGAUGCAGAGUUAUUGGAAGGACAAAAAAAGUCAAGGGGAAAUAGUCAACCCAGUAUUCAAGCCUUUGAUGUCAAGGUUCUGACACAGCUGUCCCAGAGUUCAAGUCACAGAUCCACAGCUACUGUCCAGGUCUGCAGAGGCUCCAUAAAUCUUAAAGGUGCUAUCAAAUGUAGAGCUUACAUUCAUAAUAACAAACCAAGAGUUAAAGAUGCAAUCCAGGCUUUGAGAAGAGAUAUAAUAAACACACUCUCAGACCGUUGUGAAAUAUUGUUUGAAGACCUGCUUAUAAAUGAAGCACCUGGCAAAAAAAAUCUCAAGAGGGAGUAUCAUGCUUUGCCUCAGAGAGUGUUUGCCCCCAUUGCUGGAUCCAGUGUGACACUAUGUGAUUAUAAAUUUGGAGAUGAGUCAGCUGGGGAAAUCCAAGAGCGGUUUGUUGAGAUGCUGGAUCAAGCUGUGCAUGCUGACGACAUACAUGUAGCAGAAGAAAUGAACAUGGUUGAUAUUAAUCCAAUUAUGGACAACACGGAUGAUGCGCAGCAGAAGAAACUAACAAAAGCAACAGUGUUGUUAAAACUUCAACAAAACUUGGGUGUGGUAAUGGGGACUGUAAUCGCAGUCAUUGCAGUUGCCUUCUCUUUUAGCUACUUCAGUGACUAGACUGCAAGCAAAAGCAGAAGUCUGAUCCUCAUGGGGAAAAAAAUGACCAGUAUUCAUAUCUGUACAAAAUAGAAACCUGUAGAUUAAAUAUCAGUAAUGUAAUAUGUUACCUAAAAAUCACAAGUAAUGUGCAUUGUAAAUGGUAGUGAUGCAUGCAGCUCCUUGUUUUAACAUGCAAAAUAGUGAAGGUGGGUCCAAUUUCAAGGAAAUUAGAGCUCUGUAUUGUUGAUGGGGAAAUUACCUAUAAAAUAGCUUCUUAUCCAGAAAGAAUGAUCUUUUUAAAAGUAAAUUUCCUUUUUCCUGGUAGCUUCUAUUAAAGAUUAUAUAUUAAGAGACUUUAUCAA